ACCAGAGAGGUGUCCCCUUCCUCUUCUUCCACAGGAUGAUCAGGGAGAAGAUCUGAACAAUAUUAAUGCUCCAGAGACACAUGUGAGCGGUGAUGAGCAGUAUAAGGAGGACAUUCCGACAGGAAAAGAUCUGAACAAUAUUAAUGCUACAGAUAUGAAGGAAGAAGAAGAGACAGAUGUGAGCAGUGAUGAGCAGUAUAAGGAGGACGUUCCUACAGGUAACCGCCCAGAUUCUUGUAGCAGGAGAUCAGAGGAGAAUCUUCUAUCUUCAGAUUAUAAAGCAGAUGAUGAUAUCACACAAGAUACAUAUGAAGAACAUUCCAUUAUCCCAGAUACACCCUCAGCCCUUCACAGCCAAGAUCUGUCAUCUCAUCCUUAUAUACAGGUCCUGUCUUCUCACUCAUCACAGGAUGUUCAGCAAAAUAAAGGUCACAGAAGGAAUGAUGGACAUCAACGAGCUCAUACAGGAAAGAAACCAUAUUCAUGCUCAGAAUGUGGGAAAUGUUUUACUUUUAAAUCAGGUCUUGUUACACAUCAAAGAACUCACACAGGGGAGAAGCCAUUUUCAUGCUCAGAAUGUGGGAAAUGUUUUACUCAGCAAUCACAUCUUGCUGUACAUAAAAGAACUCACACAGUGAAGAAGCUAUUUUCAUGCUCAGAAUGUGGGAAAUAUUUUAGUGAGAAACCAAGGCUUGUUAAACAUCAAAGAAUUCACACAGGGGAGAAGCUAUUUUCAUGUUCAGAAUGUGAGAAGUGUUUUACUAAUAAAUCAUACCUUGUUGUACAUCGAAGAACUCACACAGGGGAGAAACCAUUUUCAUGUUCAGAAUGUAGGAAGUGUUUUAUUGACAAAUCAAAUCUUGUUCAACAUCAAAAAACUCACACAGGGGAGAAGCCAUUUUCAUGUUCAGAAUGUGGAAAAUGUUUUACUGAGAAAUCAAGUCUUCUUUAUCAUCAAAAAACUCACACAGGAGAGAAGCCAUUUCCAUGUUCAGAAUGUGGAAAAUGUUUUAUUCAAAAAUCACAUCUUGUUAAACAUCAGAGAACUCAUACAGGUGAGAAGCCAUUUUCAUGUUCAGAAUGUGGAAAAUGCUUUACUUGCAAAUCAGGUCUUGUUAAACAUGUAAGAACUCACACAGGGGAGAAGCCAUUUUCAUGUGCAGAAUGUGGGAAAUGUUUUACUGAGAAAUCAAAUCUUAAAAAACAUAAGAAUUCACACAGGAGAGAAUCAAAUGGUGUGGUGGAAAUGUCCAACCUAGACACUGUGUAUCCUCAUCUCUGUCUUUGUCCCCCUCCUGCUAUGCAGAAGGAUAGCACUAGCCACAAGGAGAGACAAGCUUUAGAGUGUGUUGCCAAGGUGGUGGAGGUUGAAUUGGUGGCCGAGCUUAGAACUCGCAGGACUGGUGGUGGUAGGUGUGAUGAGGAUAAUUUAAGGUGUCAUAAUGGCUAUGCUGAGGGCAAGCAAGGAGCCCAAGAAGUUUAUGAAGAAAGAAGUAGUUUGGAUGAAGAGGAGUUUGUUUUUGAGGAUAUUGUGUGGGAGAAGACAUGGGAACCAGUUGAGGAGGAGUUGACGUGUUCAGAGCAGGAUGGUUGUGGCAGUAUCAGAGAAGAAAAGCAUAGUCAAACUGGCAUCUUGGGCAUUCUGCGUCAAGCCUAUACCCAAAUCUCACCAAGUCAACCGGAGCCAGGACCCGCAGGAGGCAAAACCGGGCUGACCGACUUCUACAUUCAGGCUGAUUUGAGCGGAUCUCAAGAUGGCGCCGGUGCGCGUUCUCCGGCGGGGCCAGGCUCUCCAGCGUCCCAGCACUGUGUGUACAGCACAUCGGAGAGGCGGCAGAGGAGUGCUUCCGUGCCACCUUCACCUCCAGUGCCUGGCUUGGUCCCUGCUGCCCUGGAUCCGAACUUUCCCGACAGUGCGAAGCGGCACUUGGGUGGAGGAACGUCCUUCCCGGCUACACUACCCUCCGGGAGCCCGGCGAAACAGAGACAGCACCUGCAGGGAGAAGAAGAUCUCCCCCCUGACACUGAGGUGAGCGACUCCUUAUAUGCAGUGGUGGACUGCCUGGCUAACCAGACCUCCUCUGAUGCUCCGGUGACAGAGUUAACACUUAAGAAUAUGGUGGUGGCCCUGCAUCAUUCCAUUCAUUGUGAUGUACACUUAUUGAACCCAGUGAAACGGGACCUGGCUGAAGUGCAGUCUAGGAUAUUGCACGUUGAGACAAAGAUGGGGGAACUGGUGCCCUCUCAUAAUGAACUGGUGGAUGCUCAUUACAAGCUAGAAGAUGAAGAUCCGAACAAUAUUAAUGCUCCAGAGACAGAUGUGAACGGUGAUGAGCAGUAUAAGGAGAACAUUCCUACAGGGCAAGAUCUGAUCUAUAUUAAUGCUGCAGACAUAAAGGAGGAAGAAGAAACAGAUGUUAGCGGUGAUGAGCAGUAUAAGGAGGACAUUCCUACAGAUUCUUGUACCAGGAGAUCAGAGGAGAAUCUUAUAUCUUCAGAUUAUAAAGCAGAUGAUGAUAUCACACAAGAUACAUAUGAAGAACAUUCCAUUAUCCCAGAUACACCCUCAGCCCUUCACAGCCAAGAUCUGUCAUCUCAUCCUUAUAUACAGGUCCGGUCUUCUCAGUCAUCACAGGAGGUUCAGCAAAAUAAAAGUCACAGAAAGAAUGAUGGACAUCAAAAAGCUCAUAUAGGAAAUAAACCAUAUUCAUGUUUAGAAUGUGGGAAAUAUUUUACUGGGAAAUCAAGUCUUGUUAGACAUAAAAGAACUCACACAGGAGAGAAACCAUUUUCAUGCUCAGAAUGUGGGAAAUGUUUUACUCAGAAAUCGCAGCUUGUUCAACAUAAAAUAACUCACACAAGAGAGAAGCCAUUUUCAUGCUCAGAAUGUGGGAAAUGUUUUACUAAGAAAUCACAGCUUGUUCAACAUAAAAGAACUCACACAGGGGAGAAGCCAUAUUCAUGUUCAGAAUGUGGAAAAUGUUUUCCUGGGAAAAAAAAUCUUGUUCAACAUAAAAGAACUCACACAGGGGAGAAGUCAUAUUCAUGUUCAGAAUGUGGAAAAUGUUUUCCUGGGAAAACAAAUCUUGUUCAACAUCAAAGAACUCACACAGGAGAGAAGCCAUUUUCAUGCUCAGAAUGUGGAAAAUGUUUUACUCAGCAAACAAGUCUUCUUAGACAUCAAAUAACUCACACGGGGGAGAACUCAUUUUCAUGCUCAGAAUGUGGAAAAUGUUUUCCUGGGAAAACAUAUCUUGUUCAACAUCAGAGAACUCACACAGGGGAGAAGCCAUUUUCAUGUUCAGAAUGUGAGAAAUGUUUUACUAUUAAAGCAAAUCUUGCUGUACAUCAAAGAACUCACACAGGGGAGAAACCAUUUUCAUGUUCAGAAUGUAGAAAGUGUUUUACUGACACAUCAGGUCUUCUUAGACAUCAAAGAACUCACACAGGGGAGAAGCCAUUUUCGUGUUUAGAAUGUGGGAAAUGUUUUACUCGGAAAUCAGCUUUUCUUCAGCAUCAAAGAAUUCACACAGUAAAGAAGCCAAUUCAGAGCUUCGACUGUCUCAUGGCCAACAAAAGACAGAAAGGUCACAGAAACGGUGUUGGACAUCAACGAGCUCAUACAGGAAAGAAACCAUAUUCAUGCUCAGAAUGUGGGAAAUGUUUUACUGACAAAUCAAGUCUUCUUAGACAUCAAAUAACUCACACAGCAGAGAAGCCAUUUUCAUGUUCAGAAUGUAGAAAGUGUUUUACUGACAAAUCAAGUCUUCGUAGACAUCAAAGAACUCACACAGGGGAAUUUUCAUGUUUAGAAUGUGGGAAACGUUUUACUCGGAAAUCAACUUUUCUUCAGCAUCAAAGAACUCACACAGGGGAGAAUCCAUAUUCAUGCUCAGAAUGCAGGAAAUGUUUUAUUAAGAAAUCACAUCUUGUUCAACAUAAAAGAACUCACACAGGGGAGAAGCCAUUUUCAUGUUCAGAAUGUGGAAAAUGUUUUAAUGACAAAUCAAUUCUUGUUAAACAUCAAAGAACUCACACAGGGGAAAAGCCAUUUUCAUGUUCAGAAUGUGGGAAAUGUUUUACUUCGAAAUCAGGUGUUACUCGACAUGAAAGAACUCACACAGCGGAGAAACCAUUUUCAUGUUCAGAAUGUGGGAAAUGUUUUGCUGGGAAAACAAAUCUUGUUCAACAUCAAAGAACUCACACAGGGGAGAAGCCAUUUUCAUGUUCAGAAUGUGAGAAAUGUUUUACUAAUGAAUCAGGUCUUGUUGUACAUCAAACAACUCACACAGGGGUGAAGCCAUUUUCAUGUUCAGAAUGUGGGAAAUGUUUUCCUGGGAAAAAAAAUCUUGUUCAACAUCAAAGCACUCACAGGGCGGAGAAGCUAUUUUCAUGCUCAGAAUGUGAGAAAUGUUUUACUAAUAAAUCAGGUCUUGUUGUACAUCAAAGAACUCACACAGGGGAGAAGCCAUUUUCAUGUUCAGAAUGUGGGAAAUGUUUUACUUGGAAAUCAGAUGUUACUCGACAUCUAAGAACUCACACAGGGGAGAAGCCAUUUUCAUGUUUAGAAUGUGGUAAAUGUUUUACUCGGAAAUCAGACCUUGUUGUACAUCAAAGAACUCAUACAGGGGAGAAGCCAUUUUCAUGUAGAGAAUGUGGGAAAUGUUUUAUUAAGAAAUCACAUCUUGUUCAACAUCAAAGAACUCACACAGGGGAGAAGCCAUUUUUAUGCUCAGAAUGUGGGAAAUGUUUUACUUGGAAAUCAACUCUUCUUCAGCAUCAAAGAACUCACACUGGAGAGAAGCUGCUUUCAUGCACAGAAUGUGGGAAAUGUUUUACUUUUAAAUCACUUCUUGUUAAUCAUCAAAGAACUCAUACAGGGGAGAAGCCAUUUUCAUGUUCAGAAUGUGGAAAAUGUUUUACUGACAAAUCAAGCCUUGUUAAACAUCAAAAAACUCACACGGGGGAGAAGCCAUUUUCAUGUUCAGAAUGUGGAAAAUGUUUUACUGAGAAAUCAAGUCUUGUUAAACAUCAAAGAACUCACACAGGGGAGAAGCCAUUUUCAUGUGCAGAAUGUGGGAAAUGUUUUACUCAGCAAUCAAGUCUUGUUAAACAUAAAAGAACUCACACAGGAGAGAAGCCAAUUCAGAGCAAUAAAUGAUGCAGAUAACACAUCUAUAUAUUAACCAUGUACAUAGGAUAUCUGACAUUUAUACAUAUA